UCAUUUAUUCUCGAGCAUUUGCGUCAUAUCGUCGUCGCCCUUCUUGCUCGCCGCCUUGAUGGCCUCGCCAAGUCUCUUGUCGAUCACCGCGGCGGUCUUGGAGUAGAAGAUCAUGGUCUCGCCGUGUGGCUUCGUGAGGCUGUUGCUGUGCUCGGCGAAUGUCUUGUCGAAGGCCGAGAGGAAGGCGUAGAAGACCACUAUGAGGCCCUUGCACGUCAUAGUGGUCUGGAGCUCGGCUGGCCCUCCUUGUCCCACACUCCCGGCGGGUGGCCCCGGUGGUUGUCCCUCCGACUCGCUGAAGGACAGGAAUGACCUCAGGGACUCGGAUGACGUCGAACGAUGCGGUGCAUCUGCGUACACAGCAAUCAUCGCAGAUACACAUGUGCCCAUGCGUGCGCCCUACGUGUCUUAUCACACAGCGCGUACUUGUUAUCUGGACGUCGUAAUCGUAUUCGGUGUGCCCCUCAGAUUUGACUACUUCCAGGAUGGGGCGCGGCACCCUGCCAUCUAUUUGAUACUCAUUGUGGAGGGCCUGCAACAGGCCUCCUCCGUCGACUUGGUCGUCCUCAACAUCAAACUGGAAGAGGAAUGGCGCCUUGCAGCCGGGUGGGUGACGUAUCUUGAAGAUCUUCUGCUCCAAAAUGGCAACGCGGGGCUGGGGCUCCGGGAAGCUUAAGGCGCCCAUCUUUGGUCGUCCUCGACAUCAGAUGGGAAUGGGAAUG